AUGUCAUCUGAUGGUAGUUUAGGUGGUUACUUUCUGUUGUCAGUCACUGGACAGAUUGAAAAGGCUGACUUUCCACUUCAUGACUAUAUAUGGUGCAAGUACUGCUUCGCAACUGGUCAAGACUGGACCAAAUUAACCGGCCUCGAUGAAGGGAUGACUCAAACUUCUAUUAAAGGUGUUGGUUGCAAUGAUCAGAACAAUUUCAACUUUCCAAUUGACAUUUCAUGGAAGUCUACAAACCCAUUCGGGCCUCAAAUCGUCCUUCAUGCUUAUGGCGUUGACGUCUUUGGUAAGGAUGUUUUACGAGGUUACGGUGCCGUUCACGUCCCAAUGAAGAUCGGAAGUUUAGUGCAAAUGGAUAUUUGUUUUUGA